UCUUCUUCCUCAAUUAUUUGCCGCUUCGUCUCCACCCCCAAAUUCGAGUCCUCCUUCCUCAUCGGUGAUCGGCGAUUUCUUCCGAUUUCUGGUUCCCUAAUCGGCGAGACAUUCAUUCGCUAUAUCUUCCUUACCCCGUGCUGCGUUCGCCGAUCGCCUGUGGUUUCUCCCUCCAUUGUGAAUGGUGAAAAUCUCGACAGAACAAUUCAUGAUCUUCCCCUCUUCCUCAAGUAGGGGGAUUUCGAUUUAUUCCGCUACCAUCGCCAAUUCCUUUUGCUUUGCGUCGUGCAAGGAAGCCUGGUACCACCGCUGCCUCGGCCUCGACCCUUGAAUGUUUGCUUAAUCGUUUUCCGUUUUUGUGGUUCUCUCCUUUGAAUUUUGCGACGAGCCCUAGUUUCUUCGGUUUUCGCCACCGUCUCUCUGUGUAGAUCUCUAUUGUUUAAAAAUUCACCAUCAGAAAAUCGAACGAUACACAUGGCGCUUCACAGGAAGAAGAGUCAGGCCACGAAGUGCAACCGCUUCUUGAUUAGUAUAACAGUGUUUGGUAGCGCCGGUCCGAUUCGAUUCAUCGUGAGCGAGGAGGAACUCGUCGCUGCUGUCAUCCAGACUGCGUUGAAAUCGUACGCGCGCGAGGAAAGGCUGCCUGUUCUAGGAACCAAUCUCAAUAAUUUCAUGCUCUACUGCCCCGGUCCGGAAACAGAAGCUCUGAGUCCAUGGGAUACAAUUGGAUCAUUCGGUGUCCGAAACUUCAUGCUGUGCAAGAAGCCUGAUGCUGGGAAUGCCACUAAAGAAAACAAACUGCCCGCGAUCUCUCGGAAGAGCAGUGGCAGUUGGAAGUCUUGGUUCCAUAAAUCUACCAGCCCGAAGAUAUCUUCUCAUUGAGUAAAUCUUAUGGUGGGCAAUUGGGUUAUAGUUAUUGUCUUCUAAUAGGACUAGUUAAGAGGACUCUGUUCCAGGUAUGUCUGGAUCAGAAGGUUUUGAGUGAUUAUAUACAUUAUGUUUGGUGUUUAGGUUUUCGCCUUGGCGAUCUUUUUGUUUAUAUGAACAAAUUAUUGAAAACCAUGAUGAGGGUUUCUUGUCUAUAAUAAAAGCUUAUACUUUCUUUUCCA